AUGUUUACUGUUACUUCACUCGAUCCAGCACCACCAAAUCUGCAAUCGACACCUUUUCCGUCCAUUAAGCAACCAAAACUGGUUGGAUUUUUCAGCGUAGAUGCUCAUCGGCGGUACGAUGGUUCAGCGGCGCAGCUUAAAUAUCUGUUCCUACCGCCACCGCCGAGAACGGAUUUGCGGAUGGAUCUCAACGAAGGUUUCGAAAUACGGCGUCCCAAGCCAGACAGUGCCCGAGACGAACGAAUCGGAAUGCUCCUAUCGUUCAUCCGGUACAAUGGUCCGCGUGAUCUGUGGAGCUGUGGAGCCGAAGACGACGAACUAAAAAGCCAAGAACCGAAUGCCGCUCGAUUACGAUAUGAUUUCGUAUGUUUUCGUGGAUUACUCCGGUUGGUUGCUUGCACACCGUACGACCGGAAUACUAGCUGGAUUGUACAGGCCAUUCGCUACCGCGGCACAGUUUAUCUGUGUGAAAAAGUAACACCGGAAAAACUACAAGCCGAACGGAACGAAACCGACCAGCAGCGUCGUUUCUGUUACUACGGCUUCAAGUUUGAGCAGCACAUUCUGACCAGCAGUCCCACCACGGGGCCGGACACUUCUAAACCCGUAGACCUGGCUGAAGAAUUUUGCUCCCUAUUCGAAACUACCUUGGCAGGCCAGCGAAUUCUUUACGGUGCCGAAAUGGAUGGAAUCGUCUCGGAGAAAUCGCUUGAUCGGGAUCAGUUGCAGGUGGACGAUCUGCGGCGGCUCGAGUUUGUCGAGGUUAAGGUGAAACGACAAGAAACAACCCAACGACAGGUGGAGAACUUCUACCGCUACAAAGCGAAAAACUGGUGGUGCCAGAGUUUUCUUGUGAACAUCCAGCGGUUGGUAGUAGGACUUCGUGACGAUCGGGGGAUCGUGCGAGAAAUUAAAGACAUGAAGUUAAACGAUCUGCAACGCGAUUCCAGGCAUCAUUGGUCACCCUCGGUUUGCAUGAACUUUGCUGGCGCGUUUUUGCAAGAGGUGGCCACCGUUCUGCAAAAUGUUGAUAACUGUGAGCGGGUUUAUCAGUUCGAAUACAAUGCCAACGAUCACCGACGCGUACGGUACCAGGUACUGGAUGAUGGACAUAAGGAUGCUUUUCUUCCUCCUUGGUACGUACAGUAUCUCGAUUCGAAGUAUAAAUAA